GGGAUCUCUAGUACUCGCAUCUGCCAUCUCUCUUGACGUUUCUCUCAAUACUACAUAACUUAAAUAAAACCCACCCUCGAUGCUAAUUAAUCAAAACGAUAAUUGUAUCGAUGUGAAUUGACAUCAGGCAGUUUAUUAGUUCGAAGAGGCAUCAAGCAACGUCAUCUCAAAUAGCUCUGUGAAAGUUGACGGAUUAAUACGUCUUAUUUUAUCGUCCGGAAUUAUCAAUAUGCCACUGCUGUACAGUGUCGUUGCACGUGGCCCCACAGUACUGGCCAAGUAUGCCUCGUGCUCGGGGAACUUCGAGGAAGUGACUGAGCAAAUUCUGUCGAAAAUACCACCCCAAGAUGACAAACUCACGUACUCCCAAGGACCUUACCUCUUUCACUACAUCUGUGAGGACAGGAUUAUCUACAUGUGCAUUUCAGACGAUGACUUUCAACGAUCGCGAGCUUUUUUGUUUCUGAACGAGAUCAAGAGGAGAUUUCAAGCUAGCUAUGGACCUGGUGCACAGGCUGCCCUGGCCUACGCCAUGAACACUGAAUUCUCAAGAGUAUUAGCCAAUGAAAUGAGACACUACAGCGAAUCAAAGGACAUCGACACUCUGUCAAAAGUACACGGAGAAUUGGAUGAAUUGAAAGACAUCAUGGUCAGGAAUAUUGAUAACAUCGCAAUGAGAGGAGAACGAUUGGAGUUGCUUGUUAAUAAGACUGAAAAUUUGACUGCCAGUUCUGUAACAUUCAGAAAGACCAGCAGGAACUUGGCAAGAUCUCUGUUCUGGAAAAACAUAAAAAUCUACGCAAUCGUUGGUGCUGUUCUAAUAGUCGUCGUCUACUUCAUCGUUUCCAUGUUCUGUGGGGGUCUGGCCUGGCAAAAAUGCGUUGGAAACUGAUAAGAAUGGAGAAAAAUUCCAUCAAAACGGGGAAAAUUGGGAGAGACAACAUUUGUGAUACAGCUAUUGGAUAUAUUCAGUGCUCCAGACGUUUAUUAACUCAUAAGGACUGUAUAUAUUGUAUACGUACUCAUUAUCGCAUCAUUUAACCGACAUUAUUAACGAUCCAGUAGAUAUGACAAUUUGAUAACACGUCCAGAUGAUAAUAAUUAUGUGUAACACUUGUGUUUUGAAGGCUCAACAUUUGCCUGACAUUUAUUAUUCUUUGGGGAGGUGCAGAAUUAUUGGAAUGUAAUGGCUAGAGGUGAAAAGUUAUGUAUUUUUAAUUAUUGUGAAAUAAAAAAGAUGGUCAAAA